AUGUACUGGCUCAAGCGUCCCCACCAGUGCGACGCGGGCGCGGGCGGGCGCCGCGGGGGCGCCGCGGCCCCCCGCGAGUGGAACGUCGCCUACGCGCUGGGCGGCGCGGACGACGAAGAAGAAGGCGGCGGACCCGGGCCCCGCGCGGCUGCCGAGGAGCCUCGAGACUCGGAGCUGUCGGAGCUAUCUGACACCGACCCCCUCUCUGAGCCCGACCCGGCGGCGCGUGACGCCCCCAGUCCCCACCAGGAUGGGGCGCCAGCUGCGUGCUCUGCCCCGGGGCCCGGGCCUCGCGGUGGCCGCUGCCUGGAGUGGAGGCCGGCGCUGGGACCCUCUCCGGGACAGGGUGUGGAGACCCUGGAGUCUGGGGAUGUGGAAGAGGAGGGAGUCCCCUCGAAGCUCCGCGUGGAUGGGGAGCCCAAGGCUGGCAUCCGGCGCCGGCGAAAGGGCCCCGGGAGGCACUGGGUCCCAGAGGCCCGGGCCAGCGUCCUGAGGGGCGUACAGGAUCCUUGGCAAGGGCCUUCAGUGCAGGUGGCCCCUGCAGAGGGAAGGAAAGGAGCUUCUUUGGGCAGGGUUGCCAAGACUCCCGAGAGCAGGCCACUGGGGGAGAGCCGUGGGGGCUACUGCAUGUCUGAGGACAGUGACAUCAACAUUACCAGCGAGGAGGAGGACCGCAAGGAGCAGCCUCUCCCAGGCCCCCGAGGCCCCAAAGACAAGGAAAAUGGUAGUUGCCGUGCUUCCCGGGUUCCCCUGGAGAGCCGGGCAGCACCACCAGAGGGCCUUUGCUGCUACAUCUGCGGGUCAGCGCUGUCCCCGGCCUCGCAGCACCAGAUCCACGUGCAGAAGCAGGAGAAGCUGGCCCAGGCCCCCUUCUUCCCCUUCCUGUGGCUGCACAGCCCGCCCCCGGGGGCACAGCCCAUCAGCGAGGGUGGCAGCACCCUGGUGUGCCCCUGCUGCUUCUCGUCCCUCAUGCAGCAGUGGCAGAGCUUCGAGCUGGCCCGUGUGCCCGUCCUGCAGCGGCUCUACGUGGUGCCCCUCAACAGCCACGCUCCCGGCAUGGCCUUCAAGGGCAGGCGGCUCCUGAGGGAAGAGGGCCCACCCGCUGGCUCCCUGCCGGAGGCCUGCUACCUCUGCGGGGAGGACUGCACCCAGGACGCCCGGGCCGUGGCCUCCAGGAGCCUCAAUGGCAACGCCAGGGCCUCCAUGCAUUUCCCCUUCCUCAGCCUCCUGCCCUGCCCGCCCAAUGCCCAGGGCCCCAACAAGCGCUGUGAGGUCCGCAGCUGCCCCAGGUGCUUCAGCGUCCUGGAGGACGUCUGGGCCCUGUACCGGGCCUGCCAGAACGAGGAGCUCAUCACCUCAGUGCAGGGCUUCCUGGGCAGGUACCACCAGGCCUUCUCUGCCUCCGACCCUACUCUCUCCGAGCCGCCCUUGUCAGCCCAGGGCAGCCCGGCAUCGAUUUGCUAUAUCUGUGGGGCUGAGCUGGGCCCCGGGAAGGAGUUCCAGCUCAACGUGAACCCAUCCAGCCGCUUGGGUGAGAAGGAGCCCUUCUUUCCCUUCCUCACCGUCUAUCCGCCCGCCCCACGCGCCAGGCCUGCCGACGCCACCGGCCUGGUGGCCGCCUGUGUGCUCUGCUACCACGACCUGCUGGGCCAGUGGCUGCGGCACGAGGCCCGCAGCGCCCACCACGCCGUCAGCCCCUGGUCUCGGCAGUACCGCGUGGAGACAUUCGUGUGCUUCUUCUGCCAGCAGGAGAAGAAGCGGUGUCUCGGGCUGAAGGCCGUGCGGGUGGCCCGGCUGCCCUUGUUUCUCUACACUCUGCGAGCGAGCCACAGCCUGCUAGUGGAUGACGGGCGGCAGCUGGUCAUCGGCGCCUGCACAGAGUGCGGGACCCUGGUGUGCGCUGGCCAGGGGCUCCCUCGCCAGGCACCCGUGGGCUGGAGCUCCCCGGUGGCAGCUGCGAGGAAGGUCACGUCUGCAUCUCUUGAGACAUCGACAGCCAUCCACCCUCCCGCCCAGGAGCCCGAGCCUCGGCCGGGUGCCCCAGCAGAGAGCCUGCCCAGGGGCCCCAGGACCAGCCAGGAGCAGGGGCCAGCCCGGUGUCAGCAGAGCGGCUUGGACGGGGCCGGCCCGGACCUCACGGGCACAGGCAUGAGCCAUGAGCCCAAGUCCCCUUCGCUAGGGAUGCUCUCCACCGCGACCAGGACCACUGCCACCGUCAGCCCCCUCACCCCCUCGCCGCUCAAUGGCGCCCUGGUGCCCAGCGGCAGCCCCGCCUCCAGCAGCGCGCUGUCGGCCCAGGCUGCACCUUCCUCCAGCUUCGCCGCCGCCCUGCGCAAGCUCGCCAAACAGGCGGAGGAGCCCAGAGGGUCUUCACUGAGCAGCGAGUCGUCCCCCGUCUCCUCUCCGGCCACCAAUCACAGCUCCCCGGCCAGCACGCCCAAGCGCGUGCCCAUGGGCCCCAUCAUCGUCCCCCCUGGGGGACACAGCGUCCCCAGCACGCCCCCCGUGGUGACCAUCGCCCCCACCAAGACCGUCAAUGGCGUCUGGAGGAGUGAGAGCCGCCAGCAGGACGCCGGCUCCCGGGGCAGUGGCGGUGGCCGCGAGCGCCUCAUUGUGGAGCCCCCGCUGCCCCAGGAGAAGGCGGGGGGCCCGGCCAUCCCCUCCCACCUGCUCAGCACCCCCUACCCCUUUGGCAUCUCGCCUAGCUCCGUGGUGCAGGACUCCCGCUUCCCACCACUGAACCUGCAGCGGCCUGUGCACCACGUGGUGCCCCCCAGCACGGUGACCGAGGACUAUCUGAGGAGCUUCCGGCCCUACCACACGGCCGAGGACCUCCGCGUGUCCUCCCUGCCUCCGCUCGGCCUGGACCCAGCCACCGCCGCGGCCUACUACCACCCCAGCUACCUGGCCCCACACCCCUUCCCGCACCCGGCCUUCAGGAUGGAUGACUCCUACUGCCUGUCAGCCCUGCGGUCCCCCUUCUACCCCAUCCCUGCCCCCGGCUCCCUGCCCCCACUGCACCCGUCGGCCAUGCACCUCCACCUCUCAGGGGUCCGCUACCCUCCUGAGCUCUCCCACUCAUCCCUGGCGGCACUGCACUCGGAGCGGAUGUCCAGCCUCAGCGCUGAGAGGCUGCAGGUGGACGAGGAGCUGAGGCGGGAGAGGGAGCGGGAGCGGGAGCGGGAGGCCGACCGUGAGCGCGAGAAGGAGCGGGAGCGCGAGCGUGAGAAGGAGCGCGAGCGUGAGAAGGAGCUGGAGCGUGAGAAGGAGCGGGAGCUGGAGCGCCAGCGGGAGCAGCGCGCCCGCGAGAAGGAGCUGCUGGCCGCCAAGGCGCUGGAGCCGGCCUUCCUGCCCGUGGCCGAGCUGCACGCGCUGCGGAGCCACGCCGCCGAAGAGCGGGCCAAGCCCUCGGAGCAGCUCACCCCGACCCGUGCAGAAAAGCUGAAGGAUGCGGGCCUGCAGGUGCCCAAGCCGGUGCAGCACCCCCUGCACCCGGCAGCCGCCCCGCCCCACGCGGCGCCCGGCCUCCUCGCCGGCCACGGGCUCUUCUCGCUGCCGGGCAGCAGCGCGGCCACAGCCCUGCUCCUGCAGCGCACCAACGAGGAGGAGAAGUGGCUGGCGCGGCAGCGGCGCCUGCGGCAGGAGAAGGAGGACCGCCAGUCACAGGUGUCGGAGUUCCGGCAGCAGGUGCUGGAGCAGCAGCUGGACCUGGGCCGGCCGCCGGCGCCCGCGGACCCCGAACACCGGCCAGAGAGCGCCAGGCCGGGACCGACCCGCCACGAGCCGGGCAGCCGCGAGCCCCCCCAGCACUUUGGCGGGCCCCCACCGCUCAUCUCACCCAAGCCCCAGCACCCCGCGGUGCCCACGGCCCUCUGGAACCCCGUGUCCCUGAUGGACAGCUCACUGGAGCCACGGCGCGCCCCCGAGGGCCACCCCCUGCACGGCCACCCUGCCCCGUUCGAGCCCAGCCGCCCGGCCGCUGUCCCGCUGGUGAAGGUGGAGAGGGUCUACUGCCCAGAGAAGGUGGAGGAGGGGCCCCGCAAGCGCGAGGCUGCCCCCCUGGACAAGUACCCGCCGCCGCCCCGGGAGCCGGGGUCCCUGGAGACGCAGGCCUUCCCCCCCGGACCCGGGCCCUUCCUGGCAGAGCUCGAGCCGGCCGCCCCAACUGUCUUGGGCCAGCCCCGGGCCUCGCUUGCCCCGCCGGCCACCUUCGGGGAGCCCCCCGGACCCCUGAAGCCAGGCUCGCCCUACCGGCCACCGCCGUCUCGGGGCCCCGACGCGGCCUACGUCUACGACGAGCUCCUGCAGCGGCGCCGGAGGCUGGUCAGCAAGCUGGACCUGGAGGAGCGGCGGCGGCGGGAGGCCCAGGAGAAAGGAUACUACUACGACCUGGACGACUCCUACGACGAGAGUGAUGAAGAGGAGGUCAGGGCCCACCUCCGCUGCGUGGCCGAGCAGCCGCCCCUCAAACUGGACACAUCCUCUGAGAAGCUAGAGUUUUUGCAACUUUUUGGCUUGACCACCCAACAGCAGAAGGAGGACUUGCUGACCCAGAAGCGGAGGAAGCGCCGGCGGAUGCUGAGAGAGCGCAGCCCGUCGCCCCCACCGGCGCGGAGCAAGCGGCAGACGCCCUCGCCCAGACUGGCGCUGUCCACCCGCUACAGCCCCGACGACAUGAACAGCAGCCCCAACUUCGAGGAGAAGAAAAAGUUCCUGACCAUCUUCAACCUGACCCACAUCAGCGCCGAGAAGAGGAAAGACAAGGAGAGGCUUGUUGAGCUGCUCCAGGCCAUGAAGCAGAAGGCGCUGUCCGCCGCGGUGGCAGACCCGCUCAGGAGCUCUCCGAGGGACAGUCCUGCCGUGUCCCUGAGCGAACCCGCCACGCAGCAAGCCUCCCUGGACACGGAGAAGCCCGUGGGCAUCGCCGCCUCCUUGUCUGACGUCCCGAAGGCCACGGAGCCUGGGAGGCUGGAACAGCUCCGGCCUCCGGAGCGCGUCCAGGAGCCAGCCCCCACCAGCGGUGAGAAGGCCAGGCCGAGUGAGGCCCCCGGGGGCAAGAAGAGCCUGAGCAUGCUCCACUACGUCCGGGGCCCCGCGCCCAAGGACAUCCCCGUGCCACUGUCGCACAGCAUCAAUGGAAAGAGCAAGCCGUGGGAGCCCUUUGUGGCGGAAGAGUUUGCGCACCAGUUCCACGAGUCCGUCCUGCAGUCUACCCAGAAGGCCCUGCAGAAGCACAAAGGAAGCGCAGCCGUGCUGUCGGCGGAGCAGAACCACAAGGUGGACGCAUCCGUCCACUACAACCUCCCCGAGUUGCAGUCCUCCAGCCGCCUGCCUCUAUCCCAGCACAAUGGGCAGCAGGAGCCCGCCGCCAGCAGGAAGGGCCCCCUGGCGCAGGAGAUGGACCCCGACUCAGAGGAGGAGGACGACGGGGAGGACGAGGAGGAAGACCCCCCCAGGCGCAAGUGGCAGGGGAUUGAGGCCGUUUUGGAAGCUUACCAGGAACAUGUGGAAGAGCAAGAUCUGGAGCGGCAGGUGCUGCAGGCGCAGUGCAGGCGGCUGGAGGCGCAGCACUACAGCCUCAGCCUCACAGCUGAGCAGCUCUCCCACAGCAUGGCGGAGCUGAGGAGCCAGAAACAGAAGAUUGUUUCAGAACGGGAGCGACUCCAGGCGGAACUGGAUCACUUACGGAAGUGCCUUGCGUUGCCUGCAAUGCAUUGGCCUAGAGGUUACUACAAGGGUUACCCGAGGUGA